UCAGUCUCACUCAGUGUCACUUGUCAAUGUCAUCGGUCGCUGGCUGUAUUUGGUUGAAAACUUGAAAUGUUUGUUUGUUUGUGUUUAUUAUCGAGUGUAGCAAGUGUUUGCUAAAUAAAUUAUAAUUUCGGGAUAUACAAGAAGCACAAUGCCAAAACCUACAUGUGUACAGUGUAGCAGCAACGAUUCAUUAUUGUGGCGCUCUGCUGAAAACGGACAAAUAUGCAACGAAUGCUAUCUCUCGAAUGCAGCGAGCAAGGAAGCGAAGUCCGACGCCAACGUGAAGCCGGAGCCCGACGACAAGAAGGAUGACAAAGAUGACACAGACAGCAAGAACGGCCGGAGCGAGGGAGAAACUACGCCGGCUAAGGCGACCGGUAAAGGUACCAGGAAGAGCACGCGCUCCACGCGCUACAAGGCGAAGACGCCGGCGCCCGCGCCCGCCAAGGCGCCGGGCUUGCGCGGACGCGGCCGCCGCAGCAUCUUCAAGCGGCAGCCGCUGAAGGCGCCGACGGCGACGGCGACGGUGGUGACGAGCGACUCCAUCUUCUACAACGGCAGCUACAUGCAGGUGGGCGACAUCGUGUCCAUGACGGACGUGGACGGCGGCACGUACUACGCGCAGAUCCGCGGCUUCCUCACCGACCAGUACUGCGAGAAGAGUGCCGUCGUCACCUGGCUUCUGCCCACCAAGGCCAGUCCCCCGCCUGAACAGUGCUUCGACCCUGCUACUUACAUCAUAGGUCCCGAGGAGGAGCUCCCUCGCAAGCUAGAGGUGAUGGAGUUUGUGAUGCACGCCCCGUCCGACUACUACAAAGCCAGCAACACGCCUUACCCUCUCACAGACAACGAAGUCAACAACUACACCGGCUUUAUAUGGACAUCCCUCGAGCCUAAGGAGAAGACAUAGACUUACUUAUUGCAUCAUUUUACAAAUAAACUUAUUUUAUAGUACCUA